GUUUCUCCCCUCAGAGUCUGACCGCGGAUCACACGCGUCCAUGUUCGGCUCCAUCUCGCACAGCCAUGCAGAACCAUCACCUGAAGGAACACUUGUAUAAAAUCCUGGUGAUCGGGGAUCUAGGUGUGGGGAAAACCAGCAUCAUCAAGCGCUACGUACACCAGAACUUCUCGCCGAACUACCGCGCGACAAUCGGCGUGGAUUUCGCGCUCAAAGUCCUCAACCUCGACCAGGAGACCGUCAGACUACAACUCUGGGACAUCGCCGGCCAGGAGCGUUUCGGCAACAUGACGCGGGUGUAUUAUCGAGAGGCCAUGGGAGCCUUCAUCGUUUUUGACGUCACCCGGCCAUCGACGUUCGAGGCGGUGACGAAGUGGAAGGAGGAUCUUGACGCCAAGUUGAGUUUAUCCAACGGGAAACACGUGGCGGCCGUGUUGCUCGCCAACAAGUGCGAUCAGGGCAGGGAUGUUCUCACUAACAACGGCAUCAAAAUGGAGCAGUUCUGCCAGGAGAACGGCUUCGUGGGAUGGUUUGAAACUUCAGCAAAGGAGAAUAUUAAUAUAGAUGAGGCCGCACACUGUCUGGUGAAGCACAUUAUAGCUAAUGAGAAUGAUCUGCUGCAGUCAGAGGUUGCAGACACCAUCUCGCCGCAGCAGGAGUCCAGCCGCAGAGGAACCUGCUCGGAGUGUUUCAGGUCCUGAAGAACAUCUCCGGAGGGCCCCCCAUUCAACCUCAUCCUGGCUCUUUCGAGUCUUUCCAUCACGUGUCUUCUCUUCUCAUUCACAUCUCUGUUUAUCUGUGUCAGCGCCGAAAGGCAACCCUGUCGCUGUGUCUCGGUUUCCAUGGUAACAAGACUUAUCGAACACUCUGCAGAGCAGAAAAGAGAAAGCGACAGCGGUGAGAAAUUCACGUGCGGAACUUCGCGAGAACUUCAGGUUCACGGCGAAUCAAAACACCAAAAGGCCAAUGCUGUAUUUUACCGUCCAUUCUUUAAUUUUAGUAUCACUUUUACUGACCUGCUUUGCUGUUAAUCCAUAUUUCUGCCGAUUAACAGAAAUGGGCUGAAUAAGCGAAACCAAUAAAUUACGAAUGUUUUACUUUUGCCCGCCGAGCAGAGCGAAACUCCGUAUUUUCCCUUUUUUUUUUUCCUCCUUUUAAGUCAAGAUGUUCAUGAAUUAUGUAUGCCGGUCGUAAAAAUAUUAAUGAAUUUGAACGUUUCUGGUACAUGCAAUUUGCAGAUGUUUCUCAAACAGGGUUUCUGCAGGUUUUCCGACAGUAAACGUAAGACUUUUUAAGCAAAGAAAAUGUAAUAAAUAUGUUAAUUUGGUGUCUAAAUGUAAAUGUCUUGUAUUCAAAAUGCAAAAGUACAAUUACUUCUUUAUUUCACACACACACAAAAAAAGCAUAAGGAAAUAACUAUCACUGUACCUUCACGCUGCAAAAAGUGCUUGUUUUCCAGUCUGAAGAUUCUUAAAGAAAACAUUUAUUUCAGGAGAACAAAUAUCUGCCAAUGGGCUGAGAAAAAUCAACAAAGGGAAAACAAGUUUUCAUUUCCCACUGACAGAUAUUCGUUCUUAUUUUAAACAUGAACUGAUUUCAUUUUGCUCAAUUUCUCAGAAAACAAUGCUUCAUCUAUUCAGUUGGCUUCUUAAGUGAAUGUAUUUUUAUUUAUAGAUUUAGAUAUUUGUAUUAGAAAACGAGACACGUAACAUAUAAUUAUCAAUUUAUGAAGUCUUUCUGCAUUGAUUUAAGGCAUUCAUUUGUAGAAGGUCCAAUGAUGUGCUUUGUAGACCUGCAGAAACCCUUCAAACCCGUGAUUACUGUUUUUCAUUUGUUUCAAACACUAUGGUGCCAUCAACCAACAAUAUUUGUUAUUUUAUUUAUCGAUUGUUA